GCCAACAGGUGCCGCAGAGUCCACCUACCCCCUCCACCGAUACCGCAGUUUAUCAAGGCCUGAAAGCAAUGUUUCGGGAUGGACAGUAUCUGGAGAUCAUCAAGGUCUCUGAGAGCUGCAUGGCCACAGCGAUAAUAACAGUGAAGGAGAAAUCAGUGGAAAUCGAUAAGAAGACUAUUUUGACGAACAAGUGGUUGAAUUUGGAGGACUGGUCUUCUUUGUACAAGAUAGUCCAGCGAGCUGUCCUUCGUAACAGCAAAAUCACCCACGGAGAUGACGGACGGAAGAGCUUGGCGAGGAGGAAAUCCACUCAGACGAUGGAUGUCAUCUACUCUUACGAGGCCCCGAAGGACGCCUCGUCCCUCCCAACGAUAAGAGCCCGUGUGUCUCCAGCGAAACGGCGUCACAACGAGGAAAACCCCCCUAAACCCCCAAAAUCCCACCCAGAAAAGAGUUCCUGUUCCCCGGACGUUCAAGACAGUCCGGAGACGAAAGUUCGGCGUUUGAUGGAGGGAAACGACGAGGAGUACGUGCCCCCAGAGGGGCCGAACCGUCUCAAGGCCCAGGAGGACCUGCAGUACGUCCCCAGCAGGAAGAGUUUCCUCAAGCGGAUGAGAUCAGAAAAAUCGUCGCCUGCUGAUGCCCCAAAUCGAUCAGAAACCCCCAACAGGAGCCCCUACGUUCCAAAUUCGGUGUCGAGUCUGCGAAAAAAAUCGAAGCACGAGAUGUACGAGCCCUCAGGCACGUCCUCUCUGCCCCCAGCAGUCACUGAAGCCUAUGUGCCCAGCUCCAAGGGCUCUGCCAUCAACUGCGACGAGUACACACCGACGUCAGGCGCUAAAUUGACUGAAGACACUGCUUAUGUACCGAUUUCCCUCGCAAGUUUGAAGAAAAAAUCGAGACACGAGAUGUACGAGCCCUGGGAGGGCACCUCCCUGUCCUCGGAGGUGGCGGAGGCCUAUGUCCCCAGCUCCAAGGGCUCCAGCACGAGGAUCGAGGAGUACGAGCCUGAUUUUUCGACUAUGAGUGUCGACCCAGACGUCGUUUACGUUCCUUCUGCGAAAAAAAUUAUGGGGGAGGAGAUUUCCGAGGAGGACAUGGGCAAGGGUCGAGGGCACAAGGAGGGGAAGAAACAUUGCGAGAGUAGAAAGAAAAGUCUGGUGAACGAUGCGGGCAAACGGGAGCUUUAGCGAUUUUUGUAAAUUUUUGAGAGGAAUAAAUGUGAGAAAUUUUGACGGAA